GAAAUUUAUCAAUAAUUCAUGAGUAAAUCGGUGUAAUAAAUGUUUAUUUACGUCAAUUCUUUUCAUUUUUAGCUUCUUAUUUGCAAUACAUAUGACUGCAUAUAUUUUUUUUUUCUUUUUAUAUAAUUUUCAAGAGUAAAUUUUAUGCUUAUAUAUAUAGUCUUUAGGGCUGCAUAUAACAUUACCCUUAAAAAAAAUUAAAGAAAGUAAAAUAAGUUAUUGUAAGUCCGUGUCCCAUGAUAAAACAGAACGAGAAAGUACAGAGGGACCCACGUAGGAUCACCUUCACUACCAGCUCAUAUCCUCCAUCUACUUCCAUCAUAUUUCCUUCGUAUUUAUAGCAACCACACCCUUCCCAAAAUAAAUAAAAAAAUUACCUGAAAAAAAACGAACAUUUCCCAAUUCAAAAAAUGAGAAAAUAAAUAGACCUAAAGAGAUUUAUUUUUUAAAAAAAAAUUAAGAGAGAGAAAAAAAUAAAAAUAAAAGCACAAAAUAUAAGAGAUGACGAGCAUUUGCAGGAAUAAUAGUGUGAACUCAUUCUUUGGCCUUCCUCCUCCUUCCUUGGAGGAAGACCACUUCUCUCAAGCAUUUCAUCAAACACUUGGUGGUUGUUCUCCUCUUCUCCAACCUUCUCAACCACCGCUUAAUUUCACCCUCGCCGUCGAUAAUCACAAUAAUCCCCUUAAACCCAUCGAAUCUCUCACCGGUCCUACCGCCGGAGAUAAGGGUAAUUCCGCCCACAUAGACCUGAUGUCGUGCACGGAGAGUAUCGGGUUCGAGAGUUCCGAUGAGAUGAUAUCGAGUUUCGACGAUCUGGGUCGGAAUUGCUGUAGGAAUUACGACGGAGAAUCGUCUUCGUCUUCAUCGUCAUCAUCGGAAGGGUGUUUUUCGAGGAGGAGAGAGAGGGGGGUGGGGAAGAGGUGGGAGGAGAGGAAGUUUCCGCCGCCAUUAACGUCGUUGAGUGAAAACGGAAGAAGAAAUUUCGUAUUAAAAUCGGUGAGAAAUGAAGGUAGAUUGGAGAUAAUUGGGGUUAUGAUUGAACACCCAGAAAUGCUUUGCGCAACGCGUGAUAAUGGACGGUUGAGGAUGCAUCUUGUCAAAAGCACUGGCGUUUCCGAUGAUGAUGAAGAUGGCGGAGAUGAUUCGGAAGAGGCGGAAAAUGAAGAAGAGGAGACGAAUGAAUCGUCGGAUGAUGAAGGUGAGACGGUGUCGGAGGAGGAGGAGAGAGAGUUGAGGAGGGUGCCGGCGACGGCGGCGGCUGCGGGAGGAAUACGGCGGUGUUAUCAACAACGGGUGAUGCAUCAUGUGUGGGGUCCACAACAACAUAGAUGUGUGACAACCAUUUGAUUGUUGUUGUUGUUGAUGUUGUUGGGUGGUGUACUGGUGUUGCAGGAUUUAGAUCAGAAGAAGUAAGGGGAUUUUUUGUUUUUAUUUUUGUUUUUUAAUUUAAUUUCAAUUUUACCCUUAAAAAAAAAUAAAAAAAUAAAAAAGUUAUCGGGUGGUGGAUGGUGGUGGAGCCGGGAGAGGUAGUUGGCAGGGGUGGAUGACGCGGUUUUUGACUGCUUGUUUUGGCGGUUAAUGUUGGAAUGCUUUAACGGUCGAAUUUUUGCUCGCUUUGUCAAUGACAAUGAAAUUUUUUACUCCGUUUCUAAUAAAUUAAAGAACGUGAAGCUGUAA